GGGGUUCUGUGCAUGAUUAAUUAAACCACAAGGGGGUUUGACGCAUUUUUUAAAUCACAGGGGGCUAAUGCGCCGAAUUUUCAAAUCACAUGGGGGUUUGGUGCAUUAAAUCCCAUUUUUCUGGCUCCACCCCUGCGCUGCACCCUAUCGAACCGGUGGGAUUUUCCAUGUCUUUGCAACCCACCGAUCCGAUGUUCUUUUCUUCAUUCACUGCUGGUCCAUACACGACGGGGCCGUCAUACUCCCUGUUCAGCUCUCUGCCGCCUCAAUUCCCGUGGGCACUGGCGUCCCCUUUGGCUCCUCCGGUGGUUUCCCGUCCAGCGCCGCAGACUAGCUCUCCUUUCUUUGGGUCCUCCUUUGGUGGUUCUCCAGGAGUGACUCGGCCGCAACAGGACAACCCCCUCUUCGGUUCUCCUAUGGCAGCUUUGGCCCAGAUAGUUUCUCAUGAGCUCCAAUGGGAAAGUGGGUGUUAAUAGUUUAUACGGAGUAUGAAAGUUGAAAUAGGAGUGAAUUGUUUAUUUUAAUUAUUUAUCUG